GCUACCAAGGUAACAGCGGAUAAGGGCGGAGCUAAGCAACUGACAGCAUAAAACUUUGUUAGCUUCUCGCUAACUUUAUUCUAGCUUCUGUUUAGCUAUGUUAUCAGCUUGAAAACGGCACCCCAGGAUGCUCGAAAAGUUAGAGUGUCAUGGAAAGGAUGAUGGAGACCUGUGCAAAAUGGCCAGUUCAGUGGUAACGAUGAGCAGAACUGAUUUCCGUGCACGGCUGCCACAGUUUUUGGAGGAGAGGAUGCAGACCAGCAUGCUUACAGGUGUAUUGAUUGGAGCUAUGGUUGCAGUUGUGCUGAUUGGAAUUGUGGUGCUCUUCCUUUACAGGAGAUUCAAACAUGCCCGUAAUCAACAACCGGGUGUACCUCACUAUCGAUUCAGGAAACGAGAUAAAGUGCUUUUCUAUGGAAGGAAGAUCAUGCGAAAGGUUAAGACACUCUCCUCGCUUCCUUCUCCAUCCCAUCCCUCGCCAUCAAAGCAACCACAGCGCAUACGAAAAAGAACCAAAGUUCUAAACAUAGCCCGCAAAAUUCUGAGGAUCCGGAGAGACCCUCCCACCCUGCAGCCCAAGGAACCCCCUCCCUCCCUGCUGGAAGCUGAUCUAACAGAGUUUGAAGUGCAGAGCUCGAAUCUGCCUUCUGAGGUCCUGUAUAUGCUGAAAAAUGAUGGCACAGAAUCAGUGGUGAAGGAUGUCCUCCCCGGAGACAGCGUCCACAGCCUGCUCAGUAUUCUGGACACUAUCACUGGUUAUCCAGCUCCAUAUAAAACUGUGUCGACACGAGCUGCAACUCGCUCCACCAUCUUACGCUUACCUGCUUCAGCCUUUGAGUCAGUGUUUAAGAAGUACCCUGAGACACUUGUACGCGUCAUUCAGAUAAUUAUGGUGCGCCUCCAAAGAGUCACCUUUUUGGCUUUGCAUAACUAUCUGGGCCUAACAACUGAGCUCUUCAAUCUGGAGAGUCAAGCAGUUCCCUUGACCAAUAUAAACAAUGUGAUGGCAGAAGCAAAUACUGGAAAGACUCGACGUCUCCACUUCCAGGACGAAUUACCUGCCGGAACCACUGAAAACACUGCAGAGACGGAUGGUGUAAAGGACAGCCAUUCAACCAGGAAGCUGCGAUCCACCUCUAUGCCCACUGAAUGCACAGGUAAUGACCUCAGCAUGGCCUGCGAACGAGCUCGAGUUACCAUUGAGGAGGCUCCGUCAAGUCCUAUCACUCACAAAUCUAGUCUGAAGAAGAGUGUGACAAUGCAACACACACCAUCUGAAGUAUUUCACUAUACAGACAGUGGAGGGCACGCUGAUGCUACCUAUCUUGGUAAAAGCAGUGCAAUCCUCCAAGCUGCUAAGAAAGACCUGCUGGGAAUCAUCCAGCUGCAGGACCCUAGUCUGCUUGAAGGCAGAGUAACCGUCCACCAUGUCAAAGCUGGCUCUGUGGUAGCUCGUCAGGGAGAUCAGGAGGUGAGCAUCCACUUCGUGAUUUCUGGCCUCCUCCAUGUUUACCAGCGGAUGAUUGACCGUGAAGAAGAAUUGCGCCUGUUUGUAACGCAUCCCGGAGAGCUUGUUGGUCACCUUGCUGUUCUGACCGGAGAGCCCCUCAUAUUUACAGUUCGAGCUCAGCGAGAUUGCAGCUUCCUCUCUAUUUCCAAAACACAUUUUUAUGAGAUAAUGCGAGUGGAGCCCAAAGUGGUGCUGAAUGUUGCUCAUGCUGUGGUGAAGAGGAUGUCAUCUUUUGUCAGGCAAAUAGACUUUGCUCUUGACUGGAUGGCUGUCGAAGCUGGCAGGGCUGUUUACAGGCAGGGAGAGAAAUCAGACAGCACUUUCAUAGUGCUGAGUGGUCGACUGCGCUCAGUAAUCAUGAAGGAGGAUGGCAAGAAAGAGUUGAUAGGAGAGUACGGACGUGGUGACCUGAUUGGAGUGGUAGAGACCUUGACCCGUCAGAACAGAGCGACCACAGUACACGCUGUACGAGACUCUGAGCUGGCCAAGCUACCAGAAGGUGCACUUUGCUCUAUCAAGAGGAAAUUUCCUCAGGUUGUCACCAGGCUGAUCCACUUACUCGGACAGAAGAUACUGCAGCAGGUCAAUGGUCCUCUGACAGCUCGCAGUUUGGCCCUGCACACACCAGGAAGUAAGUGGGAUGCAGGAAACCAAGCCUCCAACCUCUCCACUGUGGCAGUCCUGCCAGUAUCAGAAGAGGUGCCUCUUACUGCCUUUACUCUAGAGCUGCAGCAUGCACUCCUUGCAAUAGGUCCUACUCUUCUACUGACAAGUGGUAUUAUCAAACAGCGUCUUGGAGCUGCUGCACUUGACAGUGUUCAUGAGUACCGUCUGUCCAGCUGGCUGGGCCAACAAGAAGACAUCCAUCGCAUAGUUCUUUACCAGACUGACUACACACUGACCCCGUGGACACAGAGGUGCAUCCGUCAGGCUGACUGCAUCAUUAUUGUGGGAUUAGGCGAGCAGGACCCUACUGUAGGGGAGGUGAGGUGUUCACUGGUUCCCAGGAGAAGAGAGAGGUGUAUUACUAGGAGCUGUUAG